CAUUAACUAUCUUUGGCGGUGCGGAAGUAGCGUCAAACAUGGCGGACAUUUCAACUAACCGUGAAAAUAAUCCCGAAGCAUUCGAUGAAUUUACUCAAAGAACCAAAAAGACAAAAACAAACCACGGAGAUGAGCAAGGAGAGAAUGGAAGGGAAUCGGAAAAAAAUGUCCUGUCAGGUUUUCAAACUACUACCGUGUUGAGUGAUUCUGCCAGGGAGAAAACCAUCUUCGUCCACGGAAAGCUUGCUGACCAGAAUGCUGUAGUCAUCCUGGAGAAGACUCCCAUCAGAGAAGAUUCUCUGUCUGAAAUAUUUGCUGCUUCCACCCUGGAGUUAGAUAUGAGGAAUGACAUCUACUGCACCUACCGUCUCCGGUCUCCACCUCACCUUAACGAGAUGAAGGCGACUGUGGUGUGUCCAGCCACCGAGAAGCAUGUGCAGAAAUACCAGCGUCAGGAGAGCUUCUUGGUGGAGGAGACAACAGAUGACUACCAGUCCAUCACUCUUCCUUUCAUCCAAAAGCAGAGUUUUAGUGUGCAGUGGGUAUACAACAUCCUGGAGAAGAAGGCUGAGUCUGAGCGCAUAGUGUUUGAAGAUCCAGACCCAAAGCUUGGGUUUGUCCUCCUCCCGGAUUUCAAAUGGGAUCAAAAACAGACUGAUAAUUUGUACCUGAUUGCCAUCACACAUCAGAGAAACAUCAAAAGUCUGAGGGAUCUGACAUCAGAGCACAUCCCACUCCUUCAAAACAUUUUCCAGAAAGGAAAGGAGGCCAUCCAGCAGCACUACAGCCUUCCAGGCAGCAAACUGAGAGUCUACUUGCACUACCAGCCAUCUUACUACCACCUUCAUGUCCACUUCACCAAACUUGGCUACGAUGUGCCAGGUUGUGGUGUGGAGCGAGCCCACCUCCUCACAGAUGUCAUCCAGAACCUUCAAUCAGACCCACACUACUACAAAACCAGAACUCUCUCGUUCCCCCUCCGGGCAGAUGAUGGAUUGCUCGCUCAGUUUAAGGAAGCCGGGAAGUUAUAAUGUUCCAGCUGCAGAUGGAAAAAGGUGCUUUUGAGUCCAUUUUUGUACAUUGGUCGUUUGGUUUGAUUACGGCGAGACUCAUUCCAAAGUCUUGACAGCAGUUGUGAUUACAUUCUGUUAGCUCAUACGUGAGUGUGUAGCUUUUAGCUGAAAGCAUUUGUUUUAAUGUAGGAAUUUUAGGGUGGAUUGAUCAUGUGGUACAACCUAAAUCAUUGAAUAAACAAACGGCUUUUGUGCCUGUUUUUUAUAUACACAGUC